CUCACUCCCCACAAAACCCCAUUCCUGCGGCGAGCAAUCCCCGAGCUCCGGCGAGAUGCAGAUCUUCGUGAAGACGCUGACGGGGAAGACGGCGACGCUGGAGGUCGAGAGCAGCGACAACGUCGCCAACGUCAAGGCGAAGAUCCAGGUCAAGGAAGGCAUCCCUCCGGACCAUCAGCGGCUCAUCUUCGCCGGGAAGCAGCUGGAGGACGGGCGCACCCUGGCCGACUACAGCAUCCGGAAGGAGUCGACGCUGCACCUGGUGCUCCGCCUCAACAGCGGCGGAAAGGGCGGCAGCUACCCCAUGAACGUCGAGCCCAACAUCCUCCAGCUCGCGCUCAAGUACCGCCAGCGCAAGAUGAUCUGCCGCGAGUGCGACGAAUCCCACAACUUGCCAUCUCAAAUCUUCAGUAUCGGUUGCUAUCGAUCGCUCACCGUGCCUUCUGCUAUAUCGUCCGGAUGGAUGCCGUGCAGGUGCUACGCGCGCAAUCCCGUCAGGGCCAACAACUGCCUCAAGAAGAAGUGCGACCACUGCAAUGAGUUGAAGGCAGUGUCACCCUUUCAUGUUCAGCAUUGUUGUAUGAUAGUCGACGUUGGUGGCUAUUAGUUACCCCCUCCGUUCCAAAUUAAGUCAUUUCAAUUUUAUUGGAGAGUCAAAACAUCUCAAGUUUGACCAAAUUUAUACAACAAAGUACUAAUAUUCAUGAUACCAAAUAAGUACCAUUAGUUUCG